AUGCCCCGAAACCACAACCUGGGUACCUCGACCCUCCGCAACCGGAAUCGAGUUACCAACAAGACUCGGCUCCGCAUCAUCCAAGGGAACAUUGAGGCCGACCCCCUUGUACUCGACGAGGAUGAAGAGAAGGCUCGGAUUGUUAGCACUGCGGGCGUCGACGCCGAGGAUGCGAACGAGCAUCACUUGCAGGCUGUCCUCUCCGCAGCACAGCACCGCCACCCGUCGGUGAGCCGGACCACACGCGCCGACAGCAAGCCGAGCGCCCCCGCCCCCUCGGCUUUUAUCCCCGUCCCUGAUUCGACUGGCGUCGUUGACAAUUAUGCUGAACUUUACACCCCCAACAAAUGGAGAGAUCCCGCUCCCUACGUUCGCUCGUCCGAGACCGUUGAUGAGGCUUGUUCUAAUGCGCUCAUCGAUGGUUUCACUUAUAUCAUGGAUGAGCGCGAUAAGGAGUGGCUCGAUCGCAAUAAUGAAGAGGCACGCGGCGAAGGCACCAGCACUCAGGGCGCACUCUCCACUCCCGGAACCACAACGCGGGUAUCUCAACGUAGCGCGAAGGCCAAAGGCAAGGAGCCCGAAAGCACCCAACCCGUCACGAUCUCCGAGGAUGAACUUGAGCUCGUCAUGGGCAUCUUUGAGAAAACGACGCAUGAUAAGACCGAGUUCCUCCACCAUAGCCUCGAGACAGGAAUGGCUUUCCCCGCGUUCACAGACUAUCAAGAUGUUUUUUCUUCUCCCCUCUCACCAUCCCUCUUCGCCACCUUCACCGUCCCAUCAUGGAUCCCGACAUCCUCCAGUCUCCUCCGAAUUGCGAAAAGUGUUUAUCCUCACUGGCGUGAACGGCGAAUGGACCGUGGUGGGCAUCGAAUCAUCCCUCCCUUGAACUUCGACGAAGCGGACGUGUUGAACGAGUCAUAUAUCUGUUUCAGACGGCGCGAAAUCAAAGCGGUGCGCAAGACCCGUGCCUCCCAGGCGACGUCUUCCGACAAGCUCCUGCGGAUGCAAGCGGAGUUUGUGCAAUCGAACGACAUUGCGCAACUGACCCUUACGCGAGAAAACAUGAAGAGGGACAACCUCCAGGAGUCCCUCAAGGUCUGGGAGAAACGGAUAGAAUUCAUGGACUUUAAGCGUAAAUUUCCGAUGCUUGGCACGAAGGAGGACGAAGAGUUGCUUCAAGACAAGGAGAAGGUGAAGAGAAGCAGGCCAGAGGCUGCGAGCAGAAUCCCCGGUGUAAAACUUCGCACUGGCGAAUCGACAUCACCUUCUGUCGCACCCGAGCCACCUCUCCGACCCAAAGAACGCCUGGCAAUCAUUAAUGGCGCCGUCGACAGGGACAUGGCUCGGCAUAAGGAACGGGACAUGCACUGGGAGGAUGUUACUGCAAAUCCUUAUCAGCGUCCCGGUGUGCCAAGUUAUCGUCGGCUGUGGAAGGCUAUCCCUGCAGCUGCUCACUCCUCGCUAUCAACUACUACAUCAAACGAUGAUGAAGAUGAGGAUGAAAGCAAUCGUCACGUCCGCUUCUUACGGCUACGGUACGGUCGCGGUGGGCAGGCAUUGCUCGAUCGCCGUGACGCAUAUCUAUCGAGGCCUGGUCUUCGCAGCGGUGACGACGUUUUCGAACGCCGGCGUAAGGCGUUUGCCCGACGUCUGGCUAUGACCGGGACAAGCGAUGAGGAAGACGAGGAGACUGCAACACGCCUUCGUGAGCGGUGGCGGUUCGACCAGGAUGACGUUCCCCCAGUUGGCCCCGAUGGACCUGAGGAGCAAGACAGAAUGUUGGUUGACGACUACGAGCCAAGAUAUCUUCGUCACUCCAUGGGGCUUUUGUCUGAUCAAGACCAACAGCAUCUUAGUAGCGACCCGACCAUCACCAUCUCUGUCGACGGGCGGCAGCAGUCCUUCCAGCCCUAUCGACCGACGUCCUACGCUCUUCGGCGAGACCAGGUAUACCCACAACGUGCCUUUCAGCAACAACAGGGCGCCAUGCGACAGAUUCCUGCCGGCAUGCCGUUGUCGUCGAUCCCUGGCGGCGUUCCAAUCUCCAUGCAAGCCCAAUUCAAACCUCUGCAUAAUCAGAACGGACUUGCCCAGAUGCGUAUCUCGACCAGCGGACGUCAUUCCGCAGCUGGUGCUGCCUCGCCAGGAAACCUGGUACCUCCUACCCAGUCAUCUCCGCCUCGCCCAUCGUCUGCCGUAUCCACCUCGGCCCCUGCAGUAUCGGAUAUCGACAAGUUGAACCAGGCGAAUGGCGCGCAAACGAAUGGUGUUGCUUCUACAUCCGUGUCUCAAAUGAACGGCGAUGCGCAGGGCACCGCACAGGUAGAUGGGACUGUCAUGUCUCAGCAAGCCAGCCCUCCGAAUCGCCCGAAAGUCGACGGCCCCCAGUCUACCGCCGCCAUUAAUGUGCCCAACGGCUACCACGUUGCAAUGAACGGUUACACGAAUCUGUCGAAUGCUCAGUACAUGCGGCAAGCUCCUGCGCAGUUGACGAUGCAGCAGAUGCAAAACCUCAAGCUCGCAUUUGCUCAAAGUCAAGACAUGCACAAUAGCCCGGGGCGACAGAUCAACGCGGCGUAUAUCCCUAACCCUAACGGAACGCACUUCAACGUUCAGCUUAAUUCUGGUGCGCAGAAUAUGAACUUGAAGAUUCCUCAAGGGCGCCAGUGGGCUUCGAUGCAGCAGCCCGUCACCGUGCCCAGCAACGGCGACCAGUCUAUGACCCAUGCUUCGAUGUCGCCCAGUCCACACCUAGGCCAUGCAGUGCCGAACGUGCCUGUGCGAGCGCCCUCCGCGAAUGGUCGACGGCCAAGUAUCGGCGUGCCUUAUCAACAUUCGCCACAUAUGCCGCACAGCAGCCCGUCGCCUCUUCCAGCUCAGAUGCAGCUGCCUGCCCACCAGUCACCUCCGCGCCCGUCGAUGACGCCAACGAUGAAGAUGGCAUCGCCGCAGCUGCAGCACCAGCACGCGGUCUCAAGUGUGCAGGGAGGGUACUAA